GGUUGAUUGGACUGCGGGAUGUGCCACGUCAAAGUGGUGCUCCUGUGCAAAGGGCGCGGCGGCGACGCGGCGUCCUACCGACCGACGCGCGAUGAGAGUCAGUGGUGGAACCGACGGGAUGCGCUGGUGCGAUGUGUGUCUUCGUUCCUCCAUGGCCCUUGGUCAGCGCAUUGCAGCAGUCGCGAACUGGUGCUGCUGCACGACGAAGACUGUGCACGCAUCCACAUGACGGUGGCCAACCCGCUGUCGUGCCGCCUGCUGCCCACGGAACAGAACAUUGUGUCGGCGUGGAAGUCCGCCGCAGCGUCGUCGUCGUCUGCGUCGAAGGACCGCUUUGACUCGCCAUGGACCUGUCGCGUGGAGCGCGUGCCCGAGUCGGGUGCGUCGACGUCGUCGGCUGCGGCAGUCCAGCACAUGGACAGCAAGCGCCAAGUGCUGGAGCACAUCCAAGCGCAUUGCUCCCUCGACUUCCUUCGGGAGCAUGGUCUCAACAGCAAACCCGACGUCGUCCUUCGCAAAACCAACAAAAAGGCGCUGAUGCAGGCGUGGCAUCAAUGGACAUCCCAGCACAAACCGCCCAAAUCCUCAUCGUCGGCAUCUCCUUUGGAGUCCAUCUUCGCAGAGCUUCUGCAUGUUCCUUCCGCGUCCGUCGUCGCGGGGUACCUCCAUGAGUCGUGCGAGUCGGAGCUUCCAUGCUUCAACCCGCCGCCGCUCCCCGCCGCCGACCCCAACCUCUACGUAGUCCUCUUCCUCGGAGCCGUGCGCGACAUGCAUCCUUCCGAGAACGCCCUUCUGCGCCGCGUCUGCGCGUCCAAGAACAUCCCGCUGACCGGCGUCCGGCUGGGCGCGGUGCCGGAAUUCACGAGCAAAAUCCUCAGCGUCGUAGCGUUUCACCAGGCUCGCGGCGUGCUCGGCCCCGCGCUCCUGCACCAACUCGCGUCGUCGAAACACGAAUUGACGACCGCUUCAACGAAACACGAAACAUCAUCGACUGGUUCGUCCACGUCACCCAUGCAUGUGCAUGUGCUGUGCAGCGUCCCCCUGCGCCAAGCCGACCUCUCGACAGCGCUGGGCCAGCGGCAGGGCCCCCUGUGGGCCAUGGUGCGGGUCACCGUCGUAACGCUGUGGCGAUCCCACUACAUGCGCACAUCCUCGUCAAUACAAGGGGACAUCAUCUCUACCGAGGGGACCCCCUCCCCCCCUGGAAACGUUGAUCGUGGCUCGGCAACUUUCGCAGACUCGACAGUAGCACCCCCCUUGACGACGACGCUGACGUUUUUGCUCGCAGACGGCGUCCACGUCACGUUUGAACAAGAGACGUUCGUGACGUGUAUGGCAGAGCAACACCAGGCGGCGCCGACGGAAUUUCAAAUCUUGCAAGCGAUAAUCAGCCAAAGUAGUGGUGCUGCCGUGAAUUCAACAUCCAUUCACGACGUGAAGGAUGGGAAAGCCAUGGCGGCGUGGAUGGCAGCGGCGGUGGCGCCGUCCGUGGUCUUGGACCUGGACGACGGUGAUGACGACGGUGGUGUUGUCGGUAAAACGUUGGUGGAUGCCAUGUAUGCGUCCCCGGAACCGGCUGCGGCGAGUGGCGGCGCGGCGACGGUGGCGGUGCUGCUGAGUCUUCAUCCGACGGAAGUGUUGCCGACGCACGAGGCCCUUCGACGCGCCACGGCCGCCCUCGGCCUCCCGGUCGUCCGCCAGCGCAUCGUGCACACCCCCGUCACGGACACGGCGGCCGCGUCCAUCACGAUGUUGCAACAUUUUGCUUACCAGCACCGCCUGGUGGAAGUGUUGCAUGUGAUGGCCACCACCAGUCGGAACAAAUCAAAAACCAAAGCGAAGAAGGCAAAGAAGAAUGCUCGACGCAAUGACGACGACUCGAUGUCCUCGAAACAAAUGAAACGCGCAUAGUGCUGUAGUUGCCCCCCUAAUCGAAAAAAUGUAUAGGCGACCGAGGGCAUUCUAGUAGUCAGCCAAACGUUAAUCCAG